AUGGAUACACAGGAACGUCAAAAUUUGUUUAUCUUGCAUCCCUAUCCAUUCAAUAGAGAUGCAAAGUUCAAAUAUGUCGAAAUAAGUUAUUAGCCUUCGUUUAGUGAAACCACAAAAUGUAUGAUGGAAACCAUACCAAUAUUUAAUAAUGACAUGGAUCCAGCUCAACCUGGAUUUAUACCUCUUAUUGAUUAACCUCUUCAUCUCUAACAUAAUGAUUAAUAUCAAAACUAAUACUAAAAAAAGUAUUAGGAAUUGACCUAAAAAAACAAAGUGCUCCACUUUCCCAAACCCAAAAGCCAGUCAAAAUACUGCAAUGUUUGCAAACAACAUUACGAAGAUUAUUUAGAUGUAUUACUUCACUUAAAUUAGCAUAUUAAAUCAAAAACACAUAAGUCUCAAUUUACAAAAAAUCAAUACAUCAAGAAAAUCACCACACUAGCCAAAGAAGCCCAAGAAAAGGUAGUAACAACCAUCGAAUAGCAAGAAUCUACUGAAGUCCAACCUAAGAAAAUGAAAAAAACUAAACUUAAUUGA